ACCACAGAUCUCUUUAAACGGUGCUCGCACACCACAGUCACAGCCAGAUUUCUUUCAUCUGUGCUCGCAUAGAAAUCUCACUUCAAACUUUUUCACUAAGACAUCUAUCUAGCUUCUAACUCACAAGAUUCGACAACAGCUUGUGCUUAGUAACUCAAGACUGUGAGGUUUUAGUUCACCGAUUUAUUUAACGGCUUGUGUCAGUAAGCCAUCUCAAGUAAUACAGCAGGUAUUCAUAAUAAUACAGCAAAACUAUUCAUAUUGUAUAUAUCAUAUCGUAAACAAAUGGUAUUGUAACUAGUAAGGGCUCUUAGUUUACAUAGCUCCAAUCAGAUUCAUCCAGCUGGUCGUGUGAACUGACCCAGGGUCAGUAACUGGCCGUGAAAUGCCCAGGAAGACUGUAACGUUGGCAUGGUUGGCAUCGUACCUCCUGCCACUGCUCAGUGCCCUGCUGUCUGCCCCAGCUGCCCACGCUGAGAUACCAGGGGCAGCCGCUUUCUGCUUCUGGACCCGGACCCUGCAGGACGGGCGCACUCACCAGACGUUCCUACGCGGGCACCAGAGAGGGCAGCUGGUGCUGUACCACGCCUUGUGGGGACCCGACGGUCGGCCCCAGGAGUGUGUGACCAGCCGGGACUCCGCGGUUACCCACGGCUACCAGGCGGAAUGCCAGGAGAGCCGGCCGGAGCUCUUCAGCCGGAGACCCCAGAGGAGCUUUCACACACCCUCGCUGUUCCAGCCAGGAGUGUGUGUGGACGCGGACGUGGACGCGGGUGUGGGGGACAGUGCACCGGUCAGACACACUCGGGACCUGCUGACCCAGCAGUAUGCUCACACAAAAGGACCCAGACACGUCCGUGCGAAGAGAGGACUGAUUAUGAUUCCUGGAACUCUCUGGUGUGGCACAGGCAACAGGGCGGCAAACUACAGCGACCUCGGUGCCUUUCCACAGACAGAUGAGUGCUGUCGAGAACACGACCACUGCAAACACACCAUCACCUCCUUCAGCAUUGGCUACGGUGUCUUCAACAGAAACAUCUUCACCUUAUCUCACUGCGACUGUGAUAACAGGUUCAAACAGUGCCUGCAGCGGGCGGAAGACCCUAUGGGUUUCGUAGUGGGCUACGGCUACUUCAACCUGCUCAAGAUGAGAUGCUUCGAGUGGUCAAUGCAGAUGGAGUGCACGGAGCGCGCCUGGUGGGGCAGGUGUCUGUCGACUGGCCUGGUUCCUUAUGCUGAAGUGCAAGAGCCCACAGAUUACAACUCUACUCUUACAGAAAACGCCACACUGCCAUACUCAAACCAAAUUACCAAACUCUAUUCAGAAAUGACUACCAAACCAGACUCAGACCCAACUACCAAACCAGAUUCAGACCCAACUACCAAACCAGAUUCAGACCCAACUACCAAACCAGAUUCAGAACAUACUAAACCAGAUUCUGAACUUACUACCAAACCAGAUUCUGAACAUACUACCAAACCAGAUUCAGAUCAUACUACCAACCCAGAUUCAGCUCCAACUACCAAACCAGACUCAGAUCUAACUACCAAACCAGAUUCAGACCAUACUACCAAACCAGCCUCAGAUCUAACUACCAAACCAGAUUCAGACCUGACAACCAAACCCAAUCAAGACCGGUCAUCUGAACUCAACCUCACCAUAACACCACAGCCCAUCAUGCCCACUAUCAACCUCCCUGACACAAGAACUGACGCCUCAGAUGCUAGAACCGACCUCCUGAACAACAGAACCGAUGUCUUUGACCACACAGCCGAUCUCCGGGGAUCCACAGCCAGAAGCAGCCUCCUGCUCCCCACCACCACUGCUGCUGCGCCCACACCAUCAGGUCCUCUGCGUGUGUGUGGUGUGUAUAAGCUCCUGGAUGGCUGUAGACUACAGGUGCCACCUCUGCAGGAGGUCUUUGGUCUGAAGAACACAGAGUUACGCACACUCCAUCACUGCAACUGCACCAAAAGGUUAGCAGAGCACAUGCCAGUGCUGGAGGCUGCUGGGCUGCACACCCUGAUGUUGGACUUUGUGUCAGAGUCUUGCUUCAUCCUUGCACACACACAGAGCAAUGAUGCGCCACAGAGCAGUGCUGUACUGCUGCAAAUGCCAUUCUUCCAGCCAAGGCUAGGAUGGGACAAGCAUCCAGCAGGCCGGCGCCACCCACUGGACAGACCUCGCAAAUUCAGCCAGAGUAAACGGGCAAAGAGGAAAGACUUGGGGGUCAGGCUGUACCGUAAAUGCCUGAGAAUGCAUUCCCGGCUUCAGAAGCCAAAGCGGCAUUGAACUUGCAGAAUAACUGCUACAUGAGUCACCUGCGAAGAUCAGUUUAGCACAGAGCUCUCAGACACAAACGUUUCAGACUUUUUCCUCUGUGCUGUGCACAACCUAUCAGCUGGGUGUGUUUGACUACUUGUGGGUCACACUGAGGAGUCAUGAGAUAGGACACAUUCUGCUACAAUCUUGCAUACUGUUGCUUAAACCUUAAUCGUGUAUUGUAUAUUGUUGUAUAUAAUUGUAAAUACGAUACUGAGCGUAUUGAAUAUUUGGAAUGCCACUCAAGCUAUUCGGCAUAAUGUCAUCUGAAUGUUGUAUGGUAUGAAAGUUACAAAUCUGCAAGUGUAAAUAUUAUUUAAUAAAAGUUAUUUUGACUGAC